UUCAGCUCGCCAUGUGGAAGUCGCGGCUUUCACGGCUUUCGGCCGCCAUGUGUCGGUUGACGGCGCGACCGGAACGCAGGCCCUUCUCCGCGUCCACGUGGCCGGCUCGAAGCGCAGCCCUGCGAUGCCAAGAGGCGCAGAAGGAGUCUCCGCUCGUGGCGGAUCCUUGCGCAUGUCUCCUCUCAGACGCGUUUGCUGGGGAGAUUUCGGAGGAGGAUGGGACGUUCAUGUGCCUCACUGCCUUCGUGGAUCGCAUGCUCAUGGAUGCCGUGUCCAGGCGCGUGCGGCAAGUAGUGCUGUGGCGAUCUGGGACAGACACGCGGGCCUUUCGUCUUCAUUUGCCACCUCAGGUGCGUUUCAUUGAGGUGGACGAUGCAGAGGUGCACCAGGCAAAGUCGGCCGUGCUGGAGGUGGCCAAUGCGCGACCGCGUUGCUCCUUGCAGCGAGUGGUGCCCGAACAGCUGCCGGAAGUCAUGGAUCCGAGGAAGGCAAGUUUCAUUGUGCUGGAAGAUCUGUCACUGGAGGAUGGCCCUUAUGUGGAGCAGCUGUCGAAAGAGCUGGUGGCUGAGGGCAGUCGAGUGGUGGUAGUGCUCAGGGACGAUUCUGACAGCCUCGCGUCGACGGCGAGCCACUGGCUGCAGCUGCUGCAGAGCUGCGGCUGUGCACGCAGCGAACGCAUCCCGGACCUCGCGCUGCAGCAGAUGUGUCAGGACGGCUGGCCCACGGCUCCACGAGGCGCGCUGCUGGUCGCCGAGCGCGGAGACUUGGAGCUGCUGCAGCGGCCAACAGCGCCGGGUGCCACGCGCAAGGAUGGUGCUCCCAUGUCAUCCUACGGCUGGAGGGGCGAUUGAAAGGUCUGGCACGCGCUUCACUUUUCGCGGAGAAAAAGAAGCAGAUCUGGGGCGGG